GCCCUUCGUGUAUUUCCUCUCCAUAAGCCCAGAAAGGUGAAACAGAAGAAGAAACAGAACAAAUAAGAGCGCACAGCAGCCAGAGGCGGUCUGCUGGCGCGAAUACAGUCCACCAUAUAAAUUCUGGUCUUUAAUUUCUUCAAACCUACUGUAUAAUGGAGAUGAACUACAGAAACAAGAUUAUGCUCGCCCCCAUGGUCCGAGUUGGGACAUUGCCAUUUAGGCUACUUGCUGCUGAAUACGGUGCGGAUAUAACAUAUGGGGAGGAAAUUAUUGAUCACAAACUCCUUAAAUGCGAGCGCCAUAUUAAUGAUGUACUUGGAACUGUGGAUUUGAUAGAGAAGGGAACAAACAGUGUAGUUUUCAGAACAUGCCCUGAAGAAAAAAGUCGGGUGGUAUUUCAGAUGGGGACAUCGGAUGCUGUGAGGGCCCUUAAUGCUGCUCAGAUGGUGUGUAAAGAUGUUGCUGCUGUGGAUAUAAACAUGGGUUGCCCUAAGUCCUUCUCUAUUAGUGGUGGAAUGGGUGCUGCAUUAUUGACAAAGCCAGAGCUCAUUCAUGAUAUUUUGACAACAUUAAAAAGGAACCUAGAUACACAUGUGACAUGCAAGAUUCGGCUAUUAAAAUCAUCCCAAGACACUGUGGAAUUAGCACGGCGUAUAGAGAAAACUGGUGUUUCUGCAUUAGCUGUCCACGGAAGAAAAGUUGCGGAUAGGCCAAGGGAUCCUGCGAAGUGGGAUGAAAUUGCUGACGUCGUUGCUGCACUUUCUAUUCCAGUUAUUGCAAAUGGAGAUGUAUUCGACUAUGCAGAUUUUGAACGCAUAAAAGUUGCUACAGGUGCUUCAUCAGUGAUGGUCGCUAGAGGCGCUCUUUGGAAUGCUUCUAUUUUUUCUCCUAAAGGCAAAUUACCUUGGGAAGAUGUGAAAAGAGAGUAUGUUAGGAAGAGCAUCUUAUGGGAUAAUGAUAUCAAGAGCACUAAGCACACGCUCAAGGAAAUGAUAAUGCACUAUUCUUGCCUUGAACUCUCAGAGGGAAAGGGUGUAAUAAAGUCAGAGAGCUAUGCAGAUCUAGCGCGACUUUAUGGAGAAGACAAGUACUAUGAGCACGUCAACAAGCAUCGGUUGUUCUGUGGAAGUAGGUGACAUAAUUUGAACGUCUUGCUUCUCGGGAGUGAAAAUGAUAGGGUGAAAUUUUGCUCAAUGCAAGCUGAUUUCACGAUGUGAAUUCUUGUUCAUGAAUACCUACUUUCUUCUAAUUUUUCUCUACAGCUAUGCACCUAUCUGAGAAGUUAGUGUCUUGGACCUUUGUUUAACCAUCUGGAGUGAUUAAGUUAUUGACUAAAUAUUGGAGUAACUGAAUUAUACGACGUGAAUCUAAUCGUCACCAUUUGGAGCUAUAUAUGGAAAUUUUUGACAUUCAUUGGUUCCUCUGUAGUCGCUGUUUUAUGGGAUACUAGUAAGUUGUCUCAGCGUGUUUAAACCUUGUGUAAUGCCUACUGAUAUGGCCUCAUUUGAGUUCUUUUCUUUGUAAUGUUGUAUUAGCCCAAUAGGAAAAUUUGUUGUGCUAUAAACAUAUGGUCAUACUAUAGCUACUUUCUCUAUGUCGGAUUUUGUAAUUUAUUUUAUUUGAUUGGUAAUAGUAGUUACCAUAGUCUGUGAGGAGAUCUAA